ACGACGAUUGUCUAGCUGCAAAACGGACGAAAAUCAACAAAGUAGUGGUCCAUGUGAAUCGUUCGCUAUAUCAAAAGCCUUAUAAAGCCACACAGCAGCUUUAUAAGAGUAAUAGACCGAAAUGUAAAAAUCGUGCAGAUUCGCGCUAUAGCCAUCAGAUGUAGCUCAAUAUUCUGCAUGUCCGUUUCUGCACAUAAACCUCAUUGUUUUCGAGUAGCAUUGAGUCGCUUCGAAUUGUAUUUCAUUGUUUAGCUAAAAUGGUACGCCUGUGUGCUUUUCCUGGAUGUCACAACCGAGAGAAGCCACUGAGACUCCGACAAGCAUCAUCGCAGGAGGAAAGUUUGACUUUCCACACGUUACCGCUGCAUGAUCGGGAAAGACUGACCCUGUGGCUCCUCGCUCUUCGCCGCGAUCCGGACUCACCCAUUGAAUCUCUGCGCACAAUGAGGGUGUGCGGUGACCACUUUUCGCCUGACGAUUUCAGUGCAGUCCCAGGAACAAAACGAAGACUUCUGAGAUCAACAGCUGUACCUGGGCAGUCUGCACAGCCAACCGAGGAGAAUGUGAGUGGUUCAUAUCUUCAAAUCGGGCCACAUGGGGAACUUCAGUCAAAACUCAUUUUGACAGUACCAAAUUCAGAACCAUCUACAAGUUCAUCAUCUUUAGGGGCCUACUAUGCCCUUCCUCCCACAUGGCACUAUCAAUCAGAUGAAACUGGUCAGGCUGAACUACAUAUGGAAGACAAUUCUGAUGUAGAUGACCGCAUGGAUUCUGUUGCCCAUCCAGAAGGUGUCCUUAUGGCCAGUGAGAAUUCCACUGAAUGUCUUCCUGGAGGUUCUGAUGCAGUGUACUCAUGCAAGCAGAAAACCACUGAGACAGAUGAAGAGGAACCAGACACUCAAGAGUGCCUGAUGGAAGGCCAUCAGAUUGAGGACACCGAUAUUAACACGGAGGACACAGCCCAGUGUUCAGAAGAGCUAGUGAUCACUAAAGUUGAGGAUUUGAGGGAUGAAAUGGAUGAGAUGGCUUAUGCUGAAACACAGACGGCUAAAGAUGUGAAACACAGGAAGAAGGACUCAUCUGCUGGAACGCAAACAGUACCACAGUUGGUGGUAAAACUUGGCAAAAAAGUAGUCCUGGCCUCUGACGAUCUACCUGUGAAGGUCAAAGAUGAACCAAUAGAUGAUGAAUUCAAGAGAGAACCGCAGACCCCAGUGGGAAACAUUCAGGAUGAUGAGGAGGUUAACCUGACACCUGACGAGAUCGCGAAUCGUGCUGGGUUCUCUAAUGGAGGAAAUGCGACAUCUAUUGGAGUUUCAACAGCCACUUCCGCAAAGGCACCAUCAGUCUCACAGGAAUCCAUGCCUGGUGUGGCCCCCUUGAAGCCAAUUGGGCUGGUCUGCACUGGCUGUAAUAAGGUUAUGCUGAAAGGACAGACAGCUUUCCAGCGUAGCGGCUCUUCUAAACUCUUCUGCUCACCUCAAUGCCUCUGCAGCACCUCUAUUGUGGUGAUCAAAAAGAAAACCUGUCACUACUGCCUCAAAGAGAUGCUUGGCCUGAAGGAAGUGUUCAAUGCCCGGGUGGACAUGGCAGGAACUUUAAAGCAAUUCUGCAGUCAGAAAUGCCUUGAUGAUUUUAACUUAAAGUGCAGGAUGUGUCAGAAGGCAUGUGUGACUCAUAGUCAUGAAGUGAACGUGAUGGGCACUGUCCAUAAGCUGUGCAGCGAUGACUGUUUCAGCCAGUUCCGCUCUUCCAAUAAGCUGACAAUGAACUGCUGCAUGAACUGUGGUGGGCACUGCAAUAGUCGGUGUCCCACACUGCAGAUAGAGGGUAGUGUUAUGAAGUUCUGCAGCCCAUACUGCCUCAAAACCCACAAGAAGAAGAAUCUUAAACCUGUAACCUGCAAAAUGUGUCGCGCCGUGCGUCUGGCUGCAGAUAUGGUGGACAUUCCAAACUCCGAGGGCAUCAGAGAGCUUUUCUGCUCCCAUUCUUGUGCCACGGCGAGUAAAGGCCAGUCUGCCAGCUCCUCCGGUGAUCCAGUGGAAUGCAACAACUGCAAACAGAAGCAAGUGCCUCAGUACCAUCUAGCCAUAUUUGAUGGAACCGUUCAGAACUUCUGCUCCUUUACCUGUGUAUUGGCAUAUCAGGAAUCCAUCAAUAAGACAAAAUCUAAAAAAGAGGCAAAUAAGGUAACUUCUACAAGCAAGAAUAUAACUACUCCAAAAACUGUUGCCCCCAAACCACCUGCUGCCCCCAAACCUGCUCUCGCAGAAUCCAGCUUAUCAACAAAGCCCGCCGCUCCCAGUGGUCAGGGGCAAACAGUCACCAAGCUUCCCUGUUGUCAAUGUCUGCAAUUGUUCUUCCACAAGCCAGAGCUACUGGAGUUUCAGAGAAAAAUGUAUGCUUUCUGUGGCGACACUUGUGUCGUGGAGUUCAGAAAGAUUAACAAAAUCAACGCUCUCUGUGAAUACUGCAAGCUCACUAAAGUUGUGAAAAUUGUGAAAAGAAUAAACCACACUGACUUGUUUUUCUGCGAAGAGAAAUGCAAGUUACUCUAUGAGCAGAACUUGACCGAGCGCUGGGGGAAAAAACACUGUCGCAGCUGCCUCUACUGUAACGGCAGCUCUAAGACUCUUGUGACUGGUAUCUUCAGUAACAAGCUGGAAGAGUUUUGUGGGAGCGAAUGCUUGACAAAGUACACAUCAUUGAUCCAUCAGGAAGUAAAGUGCGGAAUGUGCAGGCAGGCCAAGAAGUUGACUGAGUCUGUGAAAUGGCUGGAUGAAAUUAAGCAUUUCUGCAGCUUGCGGUGCCUCAUGUUCUUCUGUAGUCUGCAGGGCAUCACUGGAGCAGUCAUCAAAGCUGCAGGCAAAUCUCUGCCUUCACAGAGUGGGACCCCAGCAUCCUCUGCAAUUACUCAAGGUACUAAUGAGGCCACUCCGGUCAUUGCCAAAGUUGUCUCGCUCUCAAGUGCAUCCAGUGGACAGCCAGAUGGCUCAGGAAACACAGAUCUGAAAGGCUCUGUUCCAUCUGUUACUGUAGAAGUUACAGAAGAUGACAGAUCACCGAAACGCACUAGGAAAGAUUCCCAAGUCCUAAAGAACAAGGCCUCAAAUAAAUCAAAGAGCAAAAGCAAGAACAAAGCCACUUCCUGCAAACCCAAUACCUGUGAUGCUGAGAUACAAAUUGAUAAAACUCCUAAAGUGAUCGUUCUGCCUGUGCCUGUUCCAGUCUAUAUACCAGUUCCAAUGCAUCUCUACUCGCAAUACAUUCCACAGUCUGUGGGGAUACCGCUUCCGGUACCAGUGCCCUUGUUCUUCCCCACUACACUAGACAGCGCUGAGCGCAUUGUUGAGACCAUUCAGGAAAUCAAAGAGAAGAUCCCUGAUGACCCUGUGGAGGCUGACCUCAUUUUGAUGGCUGAGAUGGUGGCUGAGGAUGCAGAGAAGGAGAAACACAUCACCUUUAAUGACCAGGCUGGUAAGUCGAUGGAGAACCUGGAAUUAGUAGAACUAUCCCGCAAACAAAGCUGGGAGGACUCUGCCUCAUUUGCCCAGACAUGCAAUCAAGAUCAAACCCCAGAACCUGAGAAGGCUCUUGCAUCCAAAUCUACCACACCAAUCCCCUUCUCCACUUCAGCAGAAAAGCCACAGAUUGACUCAAAGGCUGAUAUCCCAGUCGAGGGUACUGGACUUUUAAACCAACAAACAAAACAGGAGCAGAAGAAAACACAUUCUGUUAAGCAGAGAACCAUCAAGAGAGGCCGUAACAGCAGCACUGAAAAGCGGCGGUGUGCAGGAACAGUGGCAGCUACAUCAGAUUCAAAAACCAUUGCUAACCUCUACAGACCAAAGCAUGGUGUCAGUGCCUGGAAGGACUGGGUAUGUUGGAGAAACGCCCAACCCAAUAUGGAGACUCCUAAAUGUGGUUCACGAAGUUUGAAACUCAAGGAAGACUUGUUGAAAUGUAGCCCUGCUGAGCUCAGCUUUGGCCUCAGCAAGUUCAUCUCAGAGGUUCGUCGACCCAAUGGAGAGAAAUACAGUCCUGAUAGCAUCUUUUAUCUCUGCUUAGACAUCCAACAGCACCUGUUUCAGGAUAAUCGGAUGGAGAACAUUUUUGUAGACAACUUGUACAGUACAUUUUGCCAGGAUAUGACCAAUAUACUCAAGGGGUGGAAACCAACUAUUUUGCCCAGUGGUUAUGUUCAUUCUCGCGUUGAGGAGAAGUACCUGUGGGACUGUAAGCAGCUGGGGGCGUUCUCACCCAGCGUUCUGCUGAACACGCUAAUUUAUUUCUUCACCAAGUUCUUCAAUUUCAAGACAGCGGAACAGCACCGCCGCCUCUCUUUCGGCAAUGUCAAACGCUACUCUGUUCAUAAAGUGGCCUACUUGCGUUUCUACCCUCCUGUAGAAGACACAAGGACUGACACUGGCCCUUCAAAGAAGAGGAAGAAGGGAGAUGACAAGAAAAAGGUGCUAAAGAUAAAAGAGAAUUCCAAGAACCCCCUCCACUGUCCUGUCAGACUGUAUGAGUUCUAUCUCUCUAAAUGCUUACCCAGUGUGAGACAACAUGAGAACCUGUUCUACCUGAGUCCUGAACGAUCCUGCGUACCGAGCAGCCCCACAUGGUUCUCAUCCACCUCUCUGAGUGACGAUGCUCUGGACAGCUUGCUUACACGCAUCCUUACAGUCAAAGAGCUGUAUCUGGAGGAAGCCAAAUCACCCAAUGAGACUGAUUCUUAUAGUGACUCUGACUGAGACCAGUGCACAAAUGACUCUUAAAAUAAUGGAUGCAUCUCAGAAUCACCCAGAAGAAAUCUCUGUUAAAUACCACAAAUCUGAGAGAGCCUAAAUUAUACCUUUUGGUCGUUAUAAAAAAAAAAAUCCCAAGUGUUCGGGUAUAUGAAAUAAAUACAUUUGAAAAUGUAAUUUCAAAGGUUUUUGAAAGGAAUGUGAGAAUGUAUGGACUAGGAUUAGAGCACAAUGCAAGUCUUUGUGCAGUGUCUUUACUAGCAUUAUAAGUCACCAUCUUUGUAUUAUACUGAUCUACACAAGACUUUGGCAGCAUCAUUCUAUAAAAAGAUGUUAAAGCUGAAGUUAACUUUUUUUAGUGUUAAAAUACUUUCUCCUAUCCCAGCUUAAUAAGCAGAUACAACUAUAAAUAACCCAUUUGUAGGUUAGUUUUGUUGAAAACCGUAAACGAUGUUUAUCUUUAGUGUUAAAAUGUAUCUGUUUAUUUGUUUUGAAUGACUAACAAUGGUGUGAGUUAGGGGUGGGACUAUGUUUUGAUCAAUAACAGAUGGGUUGUAGUCAGAAGGCUGUUUGGAAACAAUGUCAAGUAAUUUUUUUAUUGUGUAGUGAUUUUCACAAUGUACAACGUUUCAAAGCAGCUUUACAGAAAAUUAUGCUUUAAUGUCUUAACCCUCCUUUUAUGUAAAUUGUGUUGUUACGUUUUAAAUUUUGGCCAGCCUGAAACACUUAACCUAUAUUUUUCUUAACCCUAAUUUUCAGACCCUCAUUUACGGUCAUGUAUGUGCAUGCAUAUUGUGGACACCGAUAUGUUUUGAAAAGACUGUUCACAAUUUCUAUUCAACGAUGAUGUUUGCGGGUCAAAUUGACCUGCAUUUUAUGUUCAAAGUUAGCAGCGCAGA